AUGCAGACGGAUGAAAAGGUUGGAAGUCCAGUGGAGUGGGUGUUGGUGGGUUGUGGACGGUUGAUGAUGUUGAUGGAGUGUGGACGGUCGCCUUCACCUAUGUACGACGAGGAUAGCGACCUGUCCACUUUACAAGUAUUAAGCCAAUCAAUGGAUGAACCUGAACCAUGUUCCUUCAAUUUACGACUCAUCGAAGCCGUACGAAAUAGUCGUUGUCUUUAUGAUGCCAAAGAUCGUCUAUAUCGUUCCACUGAUCAUAAAAUCAAAGUGUGGAAUCGACUUGUACAAAUAUUACAGUUUGAUGGUGAUGCGCGAACACUUUAUAAUCGUUGGAAACAGUUACGUGAUAAGUAUGGGAAAGAAAAGAAAAAGUUAAAGUAUGGUGCUGAGCAUACAGGUUGGCAGUACUUUAAGUACUUGACCUUUUUGGAUCCACAUAUGGUUGAUCGACAACAGCAACAGUUUGCUCGAGUUAAAGGCACCAAAGGAAUUAUGCUUUCACCUGGAGGAACACCACAUCAUAUAGUUAUCAAUGAUCCGAAUUUCUCAUUGUCAUUAAUCCAAGAGGUUCAACAACAUCCAUGUUUGUAUGAUAUUAGAGAUCCGAAGUAUAGGCAUUCUGAAUGUCGGAAUCAAGCAUGGGCUGAGAUUAUUAAAUCUUUAAAUUUUCCAGGAGAUAUCAAUUCAAUAUAUAAGCAGUGGAAGAAGGUUCGUGAUCGAUAUGUUAGGGAGAAGCGAAAGAUGCGUAUGUCUAAUGCUAAUGGUGGGGAAGUUGAAGAAUCACAGUGGGAUCUUUUUCCACAAAUGAUGUGGAUCGAUCCAUUUCUAGAUGAUCGAGCUACACAUUAUUCAAGAAGCAUUAAACGAAAACAUGACAGUGAAGAGCUGUCAGAAGAUGGUUAUUUAGAUGAUGUGGCAGAUUCUUCUCACAGUCAGCAGUCACAAAAUCAGCCUCUUUAUAGUAGUGUGCUAGUAUCGGGAGAAAUCGGCACUGCAAAAACUGCACAAGGUACCCACAGGGACUCACAGCGAGCAAUUUUUAGAGAAGGUUUAUCACUGCAACAACGGGACAUGAUUGCGGUCGACGGUGAUAAGGCAUUUGCUUUAAGUGUAACUGCUGAUAUGCUUGCACUACCAGAACAAGCAAGAACUAUUGUUAAAGCUCAGAUACAAAAUUGGCUUGAUAAUUCGAGGUUUUCACAACAGAUGCAGUUUGAUUCUAAGUAGUA